CCGUGUCACAUGAUGUAAACGUCAUUCUGGCGCUCUGUACAGCUGACAUGGCCGGGUACCUGGGGACUUAUGAGGAGCCGAGCGACUUAACCCUGCAGCAGGAGCGGCACUAUCACCUCCUGUCCGAGCUGCAGAGUCUCGUCAAAGACUUACCAAGCUCUUUUCAGCAGCGUUUGUCUUACACCACUCUCAGUGAUUUGGCCCUGGCCCUCAUUGAUGGCACCGUCUUUGAGAUUGUCCAAGGCUUAUUGGACAUCCAGCAUUUGACAGAAAAAAACCUUUACAAUCAGCGGGUAAAGCUGCAUGCAGAACACAGAGCCUUGAAACAGGAUCUCCUCAAGAAGCAGAAGGAGGCACUGCAGUCAUGUAAAGCACACAAUCUACCUGUACUCCGAUCCAGCCAGCAGAGGGAGCUAGAGGUUCUAGAACAGAGAAUCCGAGAGGAACAACGAAUGAUGGAUGAAAAAAUUGUUCUAGAAUUGGACCAAAAAGUUAUAGACCAGCAGAACACCUUGGAGGAAGCUGGUGUGUCUGGUUUCUACAUUACAACUAAUCCCCAGGAGCUAAGGUUACAGAUGAAUUUACUGGACCUGAUUCUCAAGUUACAGGAGAAGGAGUCUUCAACAAGCAAAACAUAUUCCUAAUUUCUUGUGUGAUUUGGAGAGUCUUUUUCGUUAGGUCACAGAUGAGCAGAGGGGUGAACAGUGUUGAAAACCCUAUCCUGCUCUGCCAAAACCGACGAACGGCACAUUUUAACGUUCACGACCCUGUGAAUUAGUCCAAGUUUUCUUUACAGUGUAAGACUUGAUGAAAGCUGGUGAAGCUCUUAAAGGGGUUGUGCAGCCAGUACAUAUUGAUCCCCUUUUUUAAGGAUAGGUCAUCAAUAUCUGAUCUGUGGGGGUCCGGCCCCUAGCACCUCUGCCGAUCAGUUAUUUGAAGAUGAGUUGGUGCUCGUGCGAGCACUACUUCCUCGUCAAGAUUAAACUGCGAGUUGUCUCGUCGGCACAGUGUAAUUACAAGUGCUUGUUCCAUUCACUUGUUCCACUGCGCCAAGCAGUGCUUGAACGAGUGCCGCCUUCUCAUCAUACAGCUGAUCAGUCAAGGUGCUGGGAGUCUGAACCCCACAGAUCGGAUAUUGAUUGCCUAUCCUGAAGAAUCCUAAGGGUACAGCCAGUAUUCCACAGCAGGAAACUCGCAGAAUAGCUGCGGGUUUACCUUCUGCAUCGCUGAGGUUAAAAUCCACAACAUAAAUUAACAUGCUGCGGAUUGGAAAUUUGCACCACCUGUAAAGAUUUUGUUAUAGAAAUUUUUCACAGGGUGUGGAUGACUAAAGGUUGGAGAGGUGCAUAACUUUAGGCCAAAACUGAGUUUUCAAGUUUUUGUCCCGAGUUAGGCCCCUUUCACUCGGGCGAGUUUUCCACGCGGGUGCAAUGCGUGAGGUGAACGCAUUGCACCCGCACUGAAUCCCGACCCAUUCAUUUCUAUGGGGCUGUGCACACU